CUUCUGACAAAAACUAUGUUGUGUGCAGGUGUCGUUCCUUUUGAUAGCGUUGAACAGUGGAAGAGGAACUUAACUAUUCUUUUAAGAGACAAGGAUAAGCAAGAGUUGAUUUCCAAGGAGAAAAAGGAUAGACGUAACUUUGAGAAAAUAUCUGCUUUGGCGAGCAAAGUGGGACUCUAUAGCCAUCUAUAUGUAAGAGUUCUUGUUGUUAGUAAGAUACCUCUACCAAACUAUAGAUUUGAUCUGGAUGAUAAGCGUCCACAGAGGGAGGUUACUUUGCCUCUUAGCCUACUCAGAAGGGUUGAAUCAUUCGUUAGCGAGUUCCUAUCUCAAAAGUCUUGGAGUAGGGAUAAUAAUUCAGAUGUUACUUUUUCAAGAUCAAGCAGUAGUUGUAGCAUUGCCACUAAGGAAGGGCUUUUCGAGGCACCGAAGCUCGAGCUUUCUUUAUUCUACGCCACCACACGAAGCCGUUCCUCACCUCCACCGUCACCUCCAUAGCCUACAACGAGCAAAAGCCAAACAAGAGAGGAGAAGACGUUCACACCUGAGAAACUCCCAAUGGAGAUGGGAUUUCAACCCAAGCCUCCUUAUGAUAUGGUCGAGGAAUGAAAGGGGAGUUACUGGGUGCAUCUUCCAUUGGAGAGUUGAAAGUCCAAAGCUUUUACUUAUGGUGGCCAACGCUCAGAUUCCAACAAUGGCAGUCAGUAACAGCAGCAAGAGAGAGGAGAAACAAACAAGCUUAUGGGAUCAUCAAAAUAAACUAUUCCACUUUAUCUUUCUUCACUGUCCUUCCUGUUUCCACUUUCUCUCAUUAUUGUUAAAAAUACUGUAAAUCUGUAUAUAGCCCUAAUUAAUAGCGGAAUAGCGGAAGCGUACCGGAGUCCAUAGAAUCGACUUUGUAAUGAUCUUUAUUAGUAUGAUCUUCCAAUUUGCAUCAAAACCUUUCUCUGUAAACUUUUGCUCUUGGUGAUGGGGAUACAAGAGUGAAAAGAUACGAUGCAAAUGGGGACCAUUACCCGUUAUAUUACCAACAGACAAACCUGUUGGUAAUAUUUAUUGACUAUUUCUAUUUGGCCCCUCAUCAAUAUAGAAAUUGUCUAAUUGGUAUCCACAUAUUAAAAUCAUGACAAUCAUGCCCUUAAGUCAUAAA